GUAUUUCUCUCCCACCAUUCCGUGCUGCUGCCUCCUACUCUGUUCCCGCUCAAAGAAAGAGCUCUUUGAAAUCAGCAGCACAAUGUGCCGCUCUCUCCCAUCUUUUAUUCUAAACGGACCGAAUCCUUUGUGCUUCCCAAACCGGGAUGGGAGGAGGGAGGAGCGCUCGGAGAUGGCCGGCCGCCCAUCUCACCCCUUCGCCAAGAUUGCUCCUCGUCGUCGCCACGACCCCCACGCCUGAUCCCGAAGGGCUCUUUCGGCAUUCGGGGCGUGCCUAAGGAUCUCCCACUUUCUUGGAAGCGCAAUCCUCCCCCCCCCCGCACGCCACCCCCCCGGAAAGACAUCGGCCAGCGACGGCCCCACCUCUCGACGAGCCGUUGCCGCUUUAAGCGGAAGACCAUGCUGGGCGGUGGGUUGGGUCCCUGCGCUCCCCCUCGCCUCCCCCACGUGGUCUCGGUUCUUGUGAAUUUCAAUCGCUGGAGGGUCUGUGUACAGACACCGGCCCCGCAGCCGAGGCUGGGGCGUCCGUCCGGAAUCGGGGUUCCUCCUCCUCCUCCUCCUUACGCGGGAUCCUCCCUGCCAGCCUUUGAGGCAGGCUCCUGCCGGAAUCUGGAACCGGCCACCGGCAGCCACCAUGAACCAAGGCAGCCCCGAUCGGAUGAGCCGCGGGGUAGCGCAGCUACCGAGUCCCGGAGCGGCGGACUGAAAUCGCGGCAGGCUCCAAGCUCAGCACCAGCCGCGGGAGGAGAAUGCAACGAGCGGGUCUGGCCGGGCUGGGCUCCGUGGCCGUGCUCUGGCUGCUAGGUUUGGCUUCCCUGGUGGGGCUGUGGAGCGGACGGAUCGGGGACCCGAGGACGAGCGAACUGAAGUUCCCGCAGGAGCGAGCCGACUCGGCGUUCGGCAGCAUCCAAGUAGCGCCGGCAGCAGCGAGCCGGCCCCUCCAGACAAGUCGCCUCCAAGCCGCCCAGAAAACUUUCCGAGCUCUGCUCACGCUACCGGGACAGUCGACGGAGCUCCAGGAGGGGCAGGGAGAAAGCGGGCAGGAGCCGCCGCUUCCUUCGGCUCGCCCUCGGCGGGAGAGGCAAGGAGCAAUGGGAGCCGAGGAGCAGUUUCCCUUCUUGCCGGUGCGCGGCGGCGUUUUCUGGAGCCAGACCUUGGAGGCUCAGGUACCGCCGGGCUUUUCGGCGGAGGAGACCGCCUCGUGGCUGCGGGCGGCCCGGGAAGCGCGCGUCGUGUCGCUCGAGCGCGGCGGCUGCGGCCGCAGCUCCAACCGGCUGGCCCGGUUAUCGGACGGGAGCCGCGCCUGCGUGCGCUACGGCAUCAACCCGGAGCAGAUCCAGGGCGAGGCGCUCUCCUAUCACCUGGCGGGGCUGCUGGGCAUUCAGGAGCGGCUGCCGCCUCUGGCUCUCUCCCGGGUGGAAGCCCGCGGCGGGCAGUGGGCGGAAGUGCGCGACGAGCUGCGCGGCUCCCAUUGGGCCGAGGGGGCCGUGGUGAGUCUGGCGCGGUGGGUGGACAAUCUGACCGACGUGGUGGCCCCCGCCCCCUGGCAAGCUGAGGCGGGGGCGCCGGCGGCCGGCCGGAGGUUGCAGCCCCUGGCGGCGGGGGAGCUGAGAGGCCUCAGCCAGGCGCAGCUGGUGGAGCUGGUGCAGUGGAGCGACUUGAUUCUCUUCGACUAUCUCACGGCCAACUUCGACCGGCUGGUCAGCAACCUGUUUAGCCUGCAGUGGGACCCGCGCGUCAUGCAUCGGGCCACCAGCAACCUCCACCGGGCCCCCAACGGCGGGUUGGUUUUCCUCGACAACGAGGCCGGCCUGGUGCACGGCUACCGGCUGCUCGCCAUGUGGGACAAAUACAACGAGCCUUUGCUGCGCUCCGUCUGCGUCUUCCGCGAGGCCACCGCCCAGAGAGUGCGGGAGUUGCACCGCCUGCGCAACGCAGCGUCCGAGCUGCUCAGGCUCUACCGGACUCGGGAACCCCUGGCCGAGAUUCUCGGCUUCCUCUCCGACCAGCAAGCCCAGAUGCUUCAGGAGCGUAUCGACUUUGUCCAUAAGCACAUUUUGCACUGCAAAGCCAAGGCCGCCGCUCCGUGAUCUUCUCUGGCUGGCGAAACCGCCUGGAUUUAUGAGACUCGGAAGAGAUUCAAGAAUGGGGAGAAGGACGCCUGAAGGGGUUUUUUCCCGCCAUUCACCGAGGCCUGGGGAUCAAUAUCUCUAAAGGAAAUCAAGGCUGGAACCACCCCCACCCCUUCCUUGGGGGUUGACAGGAACCUCUCCCCGCAGAAGGUUCCUGAGAUUUCACAGAGGAAUAUGUGGCAAGCCCAGCUAAAAAUGAACACCAUUCAGAGUUCUCUUUUGUGAGGAUGAGUAGCCAGUAGCUGAACUAGUUCUUGUCUCUCAGAUACUUUGUUUCUGGAAUCUAUCUGCAGAAUGUGAUCCUUCUUUAUCUGACACUCCUAGUGUUAAACUCCCAACUCCUGAAGAAAAAAGCGCCUUGCUGCCAAUUUCACUCCUCUUGUGACCGCUGGGGAGGCCUGGAUGUUUGGGAGAGAUGCACUCACAUGGCCUUCUGCACCCUGGGAACCUCCUAGAUGGAUUGAACCACAUCUUACAGCAGGCCCCAGCUGGCAUGUUGGCUAAGGGUGAUAGAAGUUGUAAUCCUGUUCAACAGGAGGGUGCCAUAUUAAAGCUGGAUUAAAAUGUCAUAACACCCCCACCCAUUUUUAAAUAUUAGAUGUAACAAUGCCUCCUUCUACCCCUGAUCUGCACUAUUGCUUAUUACAGAAAAAGGUCAAAAAUAUCUGCAGUUUUUGUUAGAAUUGCUGUGAAGAUGCUGAGUAGCCGGGAGUUAGAAACAUAGCUGAGUUUAAGAGAUGAUUCAUGCCUUUGAUAUAAUCUAUACAUAAAAAAUUGAUUUAUAUGUCACUGUGUCAUUUCUCUUACCGGAUGUUAAGAGCUUCUCUUAACAAUUCAAAUUAAAAGGUUCUGUCCUUCCAGUGUAAGUCCCUCCACUUACACUGUUAAUUUAAUUUCUAGAUACUGUAGCUCCACUUACAGAACAGCAUUUUGUAGUGAAUUUCCAGCCAGCAUGGACAGCAACAAAAUCAACAGUUGUAAUAAGUGUGCAGAAAAGUCACUGUUGUUAACACCUUUUAUCCCUUAACAGUUAAUAGCAUUUGGAGGGGAAAAAGUGGUUCCACAGCAUUUCUGUUUUAUAUGUAACCCACUACUGUAUAAUAAAAUGGGGGUGGGGGAUUUCCAGGUUUAUAGUAUUGUCAGUGUAGUAAAUUUUGAUGCAUUAAUUUGGAGAAGAGAAAAUCAGUUUCUUGCACUUUACUUUCUUUUUAUAUAUACAUAUAUAUAUAUAUAUAUAUAUAUACAUACAAAAUCUUGUUAUUUAAAAAAAGUCUGCAUUUUAGGUACAUGAUAUAUGUUCUUAAGCCUUUCUGUAAUAUACUAAAGAACUGGAUAUUUCAGUAAAGAUGUGUUAAUGUUUUG